UGAAAGCAUCAGCAGCCCAGAAAACCGAAUUUGUGGAAGCACACAAUUAUUUCCGAGCAAAGGAGAGGGCUAAAGACAUGCAAGCGAUGACUUGGAGUAGAUCCCUGAAGAACAACGCAGCUGACUGGGCAGACGAGUGUUUAUGGAAACACAGCUCCUACUCCGACCGGACCGUUCCAUGGAAGGGUCAGUCCACGGCCGCUUAUGUCGGGGAAAACCUAUUUAUGACCACAGCAAAAACAUUGAAUAUCACAAAGAUCGUUAACAGCUGGUACGUCGAGAAGAAUGACUACAACAUCAUAACUGGAUCGUGUACUUCCGGGAAAGAGUGCGGUCACUACACACAGGUUGUGUGGUCUAAAUCUGACAAGCUGGGCUGUUCUAUGGAGAGAUGUCAACCCCUCCGUAAAAUCGAGGACGGAAAAAAAGUGGUAAUGAAGUCCUUGGCCUGGCUUGUUGUCUGUCAGUACGGACCAGGGGGUAACGUAGGGAGUACCAAGCCCUACGUAAGAGGAACUCGCUGUUCAGGAUGUCCGUCGCACACCACAUGUGACUCCUCCAGGAAACUGUGUGUUAUCUCCGACAGGCGCAGAGAACUGGAGCUCCUCCUGGAUGCUUUAUAUCCAGACUUUGAAGAAAACAGUAACGGAGAUUGAUCAAAUUAUGUGGAGAAAAUAUUAUCAAAGAACUUUUUAUACAAUUUAAGAAUCAAGUCCCAUUUUUGGUCAAAUAAAUAUUUAUUAUUGUCAUUAAAAAGUAAUUGAUAAACAAGAUUAAUUUCAAAGUCACAAAGCAACCGACCUUGUACACAUAUAAAUAUUAGCAUAUUGUGCAUGCUCAUGUAACCACUGACAUACAAAUAAAGCAUCUUGUAAAGACUUCAACAAAAACGUAUGUUGUAUGUAAUAAAUAUAUAUACAUGUAAACUAAAACGACAGACGACAGACGGCAGGAUUAACAAACAGAGGGCACUCAGGGCAGUGAUACAACCACCCCUCUCUACAGGCAAUAUUGGUAUACAGGUUUUCAUAUGAUCAUUUCUUGGAAAAUUAUUUGUUAUACAGCACAUGAUGGAACUGAUGCAAACUUUGUUCAAAUUCAAAUUUUAACUUUUAAGUUUUUCCAUUUUUAUCGCCAUGCUAUCAUGUGCAGUAUUUUUUGUUUGAUGAAAAGUUUUGGUUCCAUUUUUGCAAAUUCAUCAUCAAGCAAGCAAACACAAAAUAAGGUGUUUAUGAAAAAUACCUGUUAUACAGAAUAAAGCACGUAUAUUUUCACCUCAGUUUGUGGGAACAAUAAAUCAGAUCCAUGUCUCAUGUAAAUAUUUAUCCAGAGAUACUUAGACGAGAUGUGUUAUUGUACAUGUCACAAAAUAAUUAAAACUGUUAAAAUGAUUAUGACGAUCAUUUCAACCAGUAUGCCUGGUAUCACGAAAACUGAACUCCAAGAAUCAUGUUCUUAAUUUAUAUAUUUUACUGUUACACAUUUUGAUUAUCUUCAAUUCAUUCAGUGUAUCCUGUUACUUAAACAAUUAAUAUUUAGGAAGUAAUCGCCCUUAAGAAGAUUGAAAGAUUUCUUUAAGUAAUGAAGUUUUGUGAUCAAGGGCUGUGCUCUGACUUGUCAGAAAGUGUCUGGCACAUUUCAACAUUAAUCUCAGCAGAAAACGUGGCUUGUCACAAGAAGAACAAGAACAAAAAUAAAGGUGAAAGGUAACAUGUUUUUAAACACAGACAUAAACUAUAUUAUACCACAUGUCAAACCUCACGCAAGAUUGGGACAAUAUGACUACCAUAAGUCUAAACUUGCGUCCAUUGAAUACAAUGUAUUGUAAUUCGCACACAACUCAAUCAAUUUGUCUACCUUGCACCUAAACUUGUGUCAUAGAACAAAGUGCUUUACACAUAAUUUUGGCUUUUUGACUAAUAAACAUCUAAACCUGCAUCACAAAUCAUUGUUAAUACACACACAACUCACUCACUUCACAUAGACCUAUCACAGAGAAAGAGGAAUGUCUUCAUCGCUUGUUAUUAUGUAAUAAAGAAGAAAACAAACAGCUAUCAAGGAGGAAGCUCUGCAUAUAAUAAACAUCACUGGAAAUGAGUUUGUCUUGUUCAAAAGUAAAUAACAUAACAGGUGACAUACCCAUAUCACCCAUCCAAUGUCGGGAUGUAAAUAAGAUUAUAAAUAGGAUUCAUAUGUUCCUAUACCAGUUUACUCCUCCUGUACAUUAUGAAAGAAAUUCUUACAAAAGACUAUCAUACCACCCACACAUUUUUAUAUAUACGUUACUUCUGCCCUCCUGUACAAGUUAGUCCAUAAUUGCCCUUAA